AUGACAGAACUUCCAUACACAAAACCCUCUGGUGGUGCUAGAAGAGAGCGCGUUCGUUUUACUCCACAAGAUGAUGCAGAAUUAAGAGCAUAUUUAUUACAAAAAAAACGAGCAGGGGAACCGCUUGCUGGAAAUGUUAUAUAUAAGAAUUAUGCUUUGUUAAAAAACGGUCGACAUCCCUGGCAAUCUAUUAGAGACCGUGCACAAAAACGCAUUAUUCCUUUUUUGCCAAAUGAAAAUUCUAAUAGUUCGAACCUACGCCAAGGAAAUACAAACACAUCUCAAUCUAAUGACAAUACCUUAGUACACCCUGUCGUCAAUGAAGAACAAGAACAGGAGCAAAAUAGUUCGAACCUGCGCCAAGGAAGUACAAGCACAACUCAAUCUGAUGGCAAUACUUUAAUACACCUUGUCGUCAAUGAAGAACAAGAACAGGAGCAAAAUAGUUCGAACCUGCGCCAAGGAAGUACGAGCACAACUCAAUCUGAUGACAAUACUUUAGUACACAUUGUCGUCAAUGAAGAACCAGAACAAGAGCAACAAAAUAAUGGAAUUGCCUCGAUAACUCCAUCACGAAACGAAAAUUCUUCUACACCCACGUUAAGCAUUUCGAGAUUUCAAAUGCAACGUCUAUCUACACCUAUGUGGCAAUCUACGCCUAUGCGAAAAUCUACGCCUAUGCGAAAAUCUACGCCUAUGCGAAAAUCUACGCCUAUACGAAGAUCUACGCCUAUGCGAAAAUUAACACAACAAAGACGUUUUGAUUUCUCCGACCUUGAAGAGAUUAUCAAUAAGCCCGAUAAAGAAAACACAAAGACAAGGCUAAUGACGGUAGCCGAGUUUCACAAUGAGAUUAACUCCAUUGUCAAUCAAUUCCAAGUGACUUCGAGAGAAGUCAUAUUAUUAGCUCAUCAAACUACCUGCAAUUUUCCACUAGUCGCGGAAUAUUUCCAAAACGGCAAAAGUAUUCCAGAUCAAAAGAAAGUACACUUUUGGUCAGAAGAUGAGGAUCUCAAGCUUAUGACAACAAAAAAUCCUGAGACCAUGCUAGAAAUUAGAACUAAACACGGCACCUCGUUGUUCUGGAAGAGAGUAGAAUAUCUAAAUGAAUUUUAUUAA